CCGCCGCCCGACACUUCGCGCCUCGUCGACCUCCUCGCCCGUUCAGACGAGCACCAGCUCCUCCUGGGCGCGUUCCAGCGCGCGCGGCUCAUCCCGACCCUCAACCGCCUCAAUGGACCGACCCUCUGGGCCCCCAACGAUCGCGCCAUCCAACGCGCGAGGGACGACGAGCGGCGACGGGGCCUCCUCGACGACGGCGGCGGCGACUCGCACGACAACCUCCAGCUCGCCCUGCGCGACACGCUCCUGUACCACCUCGUGAACCGCACCCUCGUGCCCCCACCUCCCUCGAACGGCACCAACUCGACCGAGCCGGCGCCCAAGCCGCUCCCGCUCGACGCCACGACCCUCCACGAGACGCUCUACUUCCCGUCCCUGUUCCCCUACAACCGCUCGUUCCCCGCGCCACCCUCGCUCCCCGGCACCGAGCCCGACGAGCCCGACCCCGACGCGCCCGAGGACCGCCCCGAGGGCCUCCUGCACGAGGAGGGCCAGCGCCUGAGGGUCGUGCGCCGCGUCGACGACAAGAAGCGCGACGAGUACUGGGUCGGCGUCGACUGGAAGGGCGCCGGCGGCGUGCGGUCGGCCGGUCCGCCCAAGUUUGCGAGGAACGGCGUCCUCGUCCCGAUCGACGGCGUCCUCACUCGACCUGACGACCUCGCCACGAUCAUCCGCUCGACGCCAGAGCUGUCGACGCUCGCGUCGCUUCUGCCCAAGCCCGUCCUCAAGUACCUCAGCACGGCGUCUCACCUCACCCUGUUUGCGCCGACCAACGAGGCGUGGGCCGGCCUCACAGAGCUCGAGAUGCGGUACUUGCGCUCCGGCCUCGCCGAGCUCGACCUGAGCGAGAUCUUUGGCGACGGCGCGAGUCGGUCCGGCGCCGGCAGCGGCAAGGUCGGGUACCUCGAGCGCCUCGUCGGCCACAAGGGCGACCGCACGGCGAGCGUGACGACGCUCCGCAACGGGACGCUCGAGGUGGCGGGCGAGGGCGACAAGACGUCGGUCAAGGUCAACGGGACCGACAUCGCUCGCGGCGACAUCUUGGCCAAGAACGGCGUCAUCCACACCCUUCCCUCGCUCCUCCUUCCUCGCGGCUCGCUCGCCCUCACGGCCGAGAAGUACCUCAUCGCCCUCGACGCGACGCACUUUGUGUCGCUCCUGCGCUCGGUCAACCUGUCGCACUACGUCCAGAUCCCCUACACAAUCCUCGCCGUCAAGGACGACGUCCUCGCCGCGACGGUCGCCCGGCUGCCCGGCGCCCCGGGCAGCGCCGCGCUCAAGGAGCUCCUCGAGUACCACAUCCUGCCCGGGCGCUGGAUGCCCUCGGACCUCGAGGACAACAUGCUCGUCGGGACCGAGCUCCGCACCGAGCUGCUGCGCGACGGGCGGCAGCGCCUCACGGUCGGCGUCCAGGGCGAGGAGGGCGGGCGCGGCGACGGCUGGGGCGGCGCCAACGUCGUCGCCGACCCGCUCGUCGUCGGUGACUCGAUCAUCUACCUCGUGUCGUCGCUCAUCGAGCCGCCGCCGACCGUCAUCACGGCCGCCGUGUCGGACCUGCGCCUGUCGACGUUCGUCGCGGCCGUGUACGCGGCCGGGAUCGACGGCACGCUCGCGACCCGCGCCGCCGUCACGUACCUCGUCCCGACCAACAGCGCGUUCGGCGACCUCGGCCUCACGAUGCAGUACCUCCUCCUCCCCUCGUCUCGCCCCGAGCUCGCGUCGGUCCUGCGCUUCCACGCCAUCGACGAGGUCGUCUACCUCGGCGACUUUCCGCGGUCCGGCGGCGCGCGGUACCCGACCCUGCUCGACGGCGCCGAGAUCUACCUCGAGCGCGACGCCGUCAACGCGACCCUGUCGGUGCACGGGCCGACGCUCGGCGGCCUGCCGGCCAACGGCGAGCCGCGCGACGCCAACGUCGUCGAGGGCGACGUCCUCACCGAGACGGGCGCGCUCCACGUCAUCGACCAGGUCGAGCUCCCGCCCGACAUCGACAUCUCGCUCGAGAAACUCUUGCGCGGCGCAAAGGCCAACGUCAUGAUCGACCUCAUCCGCGCGGCCAACAUGACCUGGGUCCUCGACGGCCAGCGCCCGCCGCGUCACGCACCGCGCGACGGCGAGGAGGAGGUCGGCCCGGCGCUCGGCGGCAAGAAGCGCAAGGGCGGCGACGGCGACGGUGACGCGCACGGCGGCGGCGCCGACUGGGCCUACACGGUCCUGUGCCCGAGCGACAAGGCCUUCUCGCGCCUCAACCUCACCUUCUACCACGCGCACCCUGCCGCCCUGUCAGCCCUCGUCCGCCUGCACAUCCUCCCCAUCGCUCCCCCGCCGUCAUUCUCGUCCGGCUCGCCGUUCCCGCCUCGGCUCGCCCAGCCCGGCGCGCCCCUCCUCCUCGAGGACAGCAAGACGUACGCGUCGCUCCUCAGCAAAGGUCAACCCGGCGGCACGUCCGACUACGGCACGGUCGCGUUCCGCAAGUGGUCGGCCGGCGAGUCGGCCGACUCGUGGGUCGUCGGGAUCAAGGGCGCGAGGGGCGCAAAGGGCGCGAGCGACGCCGCGAGGGUCCUUGCCUGGGGGCGAGCGACGCCCGUCUUUGUCGACGGCGGCGGCGGCGGCGGCGGCGGCGGCGACGGCUUCGAGCCGCGGCUGAGGGCGGCCGGCGGCGUCAUUGCCGUCGACGCCGUCCUCCUCCCGUACGAGCCGAGCUGGCUGCGUCGGUACUGGUGGGUCGUCGCGCUCGCCGUCGCCGGAACGGUCGCUCUCGCCGUCGCGGGCGUGUACGGCGUGCGCUGGUGGCGGCGCAGGAGGGAGCGCAAGUAUGCUCGCCUGAACCAGGAGGACGACGAC